GCCGCGGGGAUCUCAACCGACAUGAGGGCUGCGUUGCUGGUGCUGCUCCUCUGGGCCGUAGCCUGCGCUCACCCCGUGCCCGGCCGCGAGCCUGCCCGGCCCCGCCGCGGUGCCCAGCAGGAGGACGCAGCAAGCGAAGAUUACAUCAACAAGUUGGGCAACCUCCCGGGUGGUGGAGAUGACAGACGUCCUCCUGCCAGUGCGGAGAGGGGGGACAAUGCCCUUGCCGAGGACCCGGCGGGUGGGAAUGCCGUGGGCGAGGAGCUGGGCGAGCACGAUGGCCGAGACAAGGGAGGCAGAGCUGGGGAGGCUCAGCACCUGAACUGGGUGGACCAUGAGGACACGAGCGCCCGGGAUGGGAAUGGCCUUGGUUUCCUGGAGGAGGACGCACGCGACGCUGACGAUGAUGACAACAGAGAGCACCAUGGCACUGGAGUCAACGGGCUUCCCUCCCAUGCCGGCGGGCUCAUGGACGAGGAGGACGACAGUGGGGACGACACCUUCGAUGAGAAUGGGGCAGAGGAGGGGAGCGAAGGUCCUACUUACGUGGCUGGUGCCGACAGGGCGGGCGAACACGGCCGCGACGCUGGCCGUGGGGACGCCGGGGCUGGCAGAGGGCACGGCGACAGCAGCAGUAGUAGCAGCAGCGAGAGCAUCGGGGCGGACCACCGGCGGUACAGGAACUAUCUCGGCAGCUGGUAUGAGCGGAGCUACAGGCGGGGAGGCGGCAGCAGCAGCAGCCAGGAGGAGGAGGAAGAGAGCUAUGACUUCGAGGACGAAGCCAUGCAGGGAGAUGAUCCCUCCAUCUUCGAUGGCCCGGGCAGCAGCUACAAGGGGCGCCGAGCUGGCCCCCGCGCCCCGGGGAGCAGCCGAGAGAGCGGCCGGGGGGCUGGCUCCCAACGCUGGGAGGAGGGCGACAGCAGGUCCCCAGAGGUGGAGGACGCUGACUCGGCAGAAGAGAGCCCAUCCACGGAGGACACCAGUCGGUUGGAAGAGCCUGUCGACAGCCGGUCAGAGGAAGACAGCGCCAGCCGCUCCGGGGAGGACGGGGAUGGGGAGGACAGCCCCUCCAGGGAGGGCGAGGGCAGCGAGUCCAGGGAGGGCACUGCUGACCGGUCGGACAAAGAGCCGGGGGAGUCCCCGGAGGACAACUCCCAGGAGGUGGUGAGCACGUCGAGCGAGCGCAGCGGCAGCCGGUCCCGGGAAGGGCAGGAGGACCGGGAGUCUGCCGAGGACAGGAGCGUGCCGUCCACGCCUGACAGCGAGUCCGGGGAAGACGAGGGCGACCAGAGUAAGUCCGGGGAAGAUGAUGGCGACCAGAGCCAGUCCGCAGAGGACACCGUGGAAGAGUCAAAGGAGGACGAGAAUGACUCCAACCCUGACGGGGAUGUGCCGAGCGCAUCAGCCGAGAGCCGGAGCGCAUCCCCGGAGGAUGACAGCAGCCAAGAGGACAAUGCAGGCGAGGACAGCAGGUCCACAGAGAGCACCAACAGCGAGUCCCAGGAGGACGAUGAUGAUGAGGAGGAGGAGAGCCACUCCCAGGAGGAUGCCACCCAUGAGUCCAGCAGCCGUGGGGACGACAGCUCGCUGCAGAGCCUGGAGAGCGGGAGUCGCAAACGGCGGCCGGGCGCCUACCGCAAGAAGCCUGCAGCCGACUACGACGACAACGACUGCCAGGACGGGUACUAA